UUCGCAGACAGGAAGUGUGAUCAACUUUGUCCACCAUCCAGCUCUUCCUCGCCACUUUUCAUCCCACCGCCUCGACUAAUGUGAUUACUUUGUAUCCUUCAAGUGUAACGACAGCGCGUCUGACCGAGAGGGGAGUGUGUUCCUCUCAGUUUAACCCAAAUUCAGCCUGAAAAAAAAAAAACAACAACAACCCCGCACAGACUUCCUGUCCUCUCACAAAUAUGUGCUCUGCCCCUUUAACUGGAGGGGCCGCGCAGUUGGAGCUGCAACCUUCUACAGGCUGAAACUCCGCUCACUCAGGACCCAUUCAUAAAUAAGACAUCGUGUGGAGAAGAAAGCUCAACCAGCAUCUGAUUUUUCAUUCAGCGGACCGUAUGUGAGCAGGGAGCAGACAUGUUCACCUCGGUCGGGGACUGUGUAUCGGGGGCACGGCUGAGAGAGCAGAAGUGACUUCCCAUGGCUGACCCCCCUGCUGAUGGCUUUGACUUUAUGUGCGAGCCGUCAGGAGGCAGCUUGAUCCAGCUCCGAGCAUUUGUCAAACCCACAGAAAUGCUCCUUUCCUCGGAAGGUUUGAUGUUUUCUCCGUGCUUCCGCCUUCCACAAGUCAUCCUGGUUUAAAUAGCCCACCGCUUCCAUCCCUCUCUUUUUUAUUACUAUUAUCAUUUUUUUAAUAAAUGAAAAUACCCCAGAGGAGCCGAGGACCUGACAUACCGAUGGAGCAGUGAGUUAUGGCAGCUAAAGAGGAACUGUAUGCCAAAGUGACGCCGCGGAGGCAGCGCCAGACCCGGCCGAGCACCGUCAAACAUGGGUCCACUCUGGACGUGCUGCUGUCCAUGGGCUUCCCCAAGACCAGGGCCUUGAAAGCUCUGGUUUCGACAGGAGGCAAAAAUGUGCAGGCAGCUUGUGACUGGCUUUUCUCCCAUGUGGAUGACCCGUUUUUGGAUGACCCUCUGCCCAGAGAAUAUGUGUUAUAUCUGCGACCCACCGGACCGCUGCUCCAGCAGCUCUCACACUUCUGGCAGCAAUCCCGUCUCUCCUGUGGCAAGAAUAAGGCACACAACAUCUUCCCCCACAUCACCCUCUGCCAAUUCUUCAUGUGUGCCGAUGGAAAGGUAGAGGCUCUGACCGACGCUCUCCAGACCACUGUAGCCAAGUGGAAAGGUCGUAUACCCAUGCCCCUCCCGCUGGAGCUCUACACGUCCUCAACCUUUAUUGGCCUCUUUGUGGAGGAGCAGAUGGCGGAUGUGCUGAAGAGUUUUGCUUCUGAUUUUGCGACUGAAGCAUCAGCUAAAGCAGAUGUUCAUGUUGAGCCUCACAAGAAACAACUUCAUGUCACUUUGGCAUACCACUUCCAAGCCAGUCACCUUCCAAUUUUGGAGAAAUUGGCCAAAACGGUGGAUGUGGCUUCAGGCUGUGACUGGCUGGCUGUGCUCUUCUCCAGGGACAUUCGGUUUGCAAAUCAUGAGACACUGCAAGUCAUGUACCCAUAUGUGCCUCAGAAUGACGAUGAGCUCGAGCUGGUGCCGGGAGACUUUAUCUUCAUGUCUCCGGUGGAGCAGAGUACAGCCAGUGAGGGCUGGGUGUAUGGCAGUUCGCUGGGCACAGGGCUGUCGGGCUUGCUGCCCGAGAACUACGUCAACCGGGCUGAUGAGUCAGACACCUGGGUUGUUCAUGGGUCUCACUCUAUGCUCACCUGUGCCUCUCCGCUGAACUCUGGCAGCACUGUGGCUGGGUUAUUGUUUGAUGGACAGAUGAAUGACAGUCUGCUUGACAGUCUUAUGGAUCCUCCCAGCCUCACUGGCCUCUGUCCUCCUAUGCAGGUGUCGAGGCCGACCAAUCAGUCCUCCCUGUCCAAGAUGAGACUGUUUGUGUGUCGCCAUGGGGAGAGGAUGGAUGUGGUGUUUGGGAAACACUGGGUCACUCAGUGCUUUGACUCCAAAGGCCGAUACAUUCGCUCUAACCUCAACAUGCCAUCCAGCCUGCCAGCUAGAAGCGGAGGUCACCGGGACUAUGACAAAGAUUGUCCGAUUACUGUGUUUGGCUCCACCCAGGCCCGUCUUGUAGGUGAAGCCCUGUUGGAAAGCCACACAACAAUAGACUUUGUUUACUGCUCUCCUUCUCUUCGCUGCGUCCAGACUGCUCAGCACAUUCUGCAGGGUCUCCAGCAGGAGGGAAAGACAAAAAUCCGUGUGGAGCCUGGAUUGUUUGAAUGGACCAAGUGGGUUUCAGGCACGUGUUUACCCGUCUGGAUCCCCCCAGCCGAGCUAGCUGCUGCUAACCUGAGUGUGGACACAACAUACAGACCUCAUAUUCCCGUAAGUAAGUUGACGGUGUCAGAGAGCUAUGACACCUACAUCAGCAGGAGCUUCCAAGUAACCCGAGAGAUCCUUACAGAGGGCAAAAACCUGGGAAACACGGUCUUGAUUGUGGCUCAUGCUUCCUCCCUGGAGGCUUGCACGCGCCAGAUACAAGGCCUCAGCCCCCAAAACUCCAAGGACUUCGUCCAAGUUGUGCGAAAGAUUCCUUACUUGGGUUUUUGUGCUUGUGAAGAAAUGGGAGACACCGGGGUGUGGCAGCUGGUCGACCCACCCAUCUUGCCUCUGACACAUGGACCCAAUCACAGUUUCAACUGGAGGGAAAUGCUCAUGCAAGACUGAAUGAUGUGCUGUUUGGCUCUCUAUCUUUUGGCAGCCCUGAACUGCUGAAAAAAAUAUUUAUUUUUAACCCACUCUGCUAUAAAUUCUGCCCAACUACCAAAAAAAUUAAAAAAACACACUUCUGGCUUCCAUCAAAGACAUCAUGCAAAAAAAGAUUUGCAUUCAUUGAAGCAAAUGUAUUUAGUCGCACUGCUCAGGAAUGAGAAAAUACAGUUGGUGUGGAGAUCACAGCAAAAAUGAGCUACAGAUUGGCGGCGGUUUGUCGCUUUUCCCUCAACCUUCCACUUCUUUGCCCAAAAUGUGGAGGUGCUACAAGAAAUGUGGAUAUUUCUUGAUAGUUGCUGAUGAAUCAGGUUUUAUGCCACGAGAAGGUGUUGUUAAGUCUGUGGCUCCUCCUCAGGCGGGACUGUGAAGACUUUGCAUUCUGCUGCCUCCUCACACACUGUGACAAGAAUUAGAUGAGAGAGACUUGUACCACAGAAAUAUUUUUCCAUGUGUCAGAAAUUAUUAUUUAACUUGUAGCCACGACCCUCCUGUGAAGAAGCACAAAAGAAAUGUUGACAAUCAGACAGGGGAGAACUGAUCUUCAUUGUUUCUGGUGCUGAGGUGGGUAGUUUAUGAUACCUGUUUUAUUCCUGUAAAUGUCAUAUCAUUAAGUGAUUCUUCUAAGUUAACAUUUAUGUGACCACAUGAAUCCUCUAACCUUCCUGUAAUGCAGUUUUAAUUACCACCACAGGAGCAACCAAGUCAACAUGACUUAAGGAAAAACAGACAGCUGUUGGGUGCAUUGACUAAAAUGUUUUGCUUGUUUAUCAUGACCCUGAAGCUCUCUGUAAGCCUGAUAACCACACUGCUUUUCAAACACUUGGUGCAUUUCAUAGUUUUGGUUACGUCAGAUGAUUUAAGUGCUUCCUGCCUAUACCAAUUAUUUGUUGUAUGACUCAGAACAUCUAUUGAUACUGAAUGAAUAAAGCAAGGUUGUGGAGAAAUGAAGGCCAAUACAUAUCAGCCUGUGCCAUGUGUUCUGUGAAACAUUUUAUUUACCAAACAUUUUUUAUUGACUAUACCUUUUUACUUCACUGAGCACCAGUUGUGAUAUUUGUCAAAUGCAGAGCAGCACUGAAAAGAAUUAGGGACAAAUGAAGAACAUUUUUCAGGGCAGACAUUUUGACUUGUCAUAACAGGAAAAGCACAGCUGCAAUUAAAGACAUUAAAGGCAUAGUUUGGCUUUUUUGAAAUGGGGUUGUGUUGGGGUACUUAUCCAAAGUCAAUGUAUUACAUACAGUAGAUACAGACAGUGGUCGCCCCCUAGUUUGGAGAAGUGGUGGGAGUGCUAACACAGAAGCUAAGCGAUGUACUGCUGUGGACAGGGGUCACUAGCAAAAUGUAUUUUAGUACUGAAAAAAAAAGUCCCACCUAUAAAAAUCUAUAACAGUUCUCUAUAUUGGGAGCAUUUUCACUUGUAGCUGACCCCUUCACAGAUUCACGAUGAGACGAGUUCAACAGGCAACUACUUGCAAUGUGCCAGCUCAGACCAAUGCAACUAGAUGAAACGGUGUAUCAUUUCUCUGUACUUCCGUUCUGAUUUGC